AUGGCUCCUCACAAGAUCCAGAAGGAAAAGGGCGCUGAGGCCUCGGAGUUCGAGACUCACGUCGCACAGGCGUUGGCGGAUCUGGAAUCGAGCGGCUCCGAAAUCAAAGCCGAGCUGCGCGAGCUUUUCAUUUCCUCCGCCAAGGAGAUUGACAUUCCCGGCGGGAAGACGGCCGUCGUCCUCUUUGUCCCGUACCGUCUCCUCACCAAAUUCCACAAGAUUCAGACCCGUCUCGUGCGCGAGCUGGAGAAGAAGUUCUCUGGAAAGCCCGUCAUCAUCAUUGCCCAGCGCAGGAUUUUGCCACGGGAAAAGAAGGGUGGCCGUCUGCAAAAGCAAAAGCGCCCGCGGUCCCGCACUCUCACUAGCGUACACGAGCAGAUCCUCGAGGAUCUGGUCUUCCCCACCGAAAUUGUCGGCAAGCGUAUUCGCUACAAGGUCGACGGAUCGCGCUUGCUUAGGGUCUUCCUUGAUCCUAAAGAUCAACAAAACGCAGAGUACAAGACCGCGACUUUUCAGUCGGUGUACAAGAAGCUUACUGGCAAAGACGUCAGCUUCGAGUUCCCGAUCACGGCUGAGUAAUAUCAUGGUAUCGAGCACGUUCGUUCAGUCUGGAAUACUUUUCUUGCCGUGAGGGACGCGGGGUAGUUCACAAUAAGGUAAAGCUCCAGAUCUAUUCCAGGUGCCGUAGUCGCCAAUCCUAUGAGCAUACCGCCAAGUGCGCAAUAGUUGAGCGAGCGAUAUUAUCAUUGCCAAACUGCUCUACAAGAGGCUCGAAUAAAGAUGCCUAGCCUUAACUGCCA